GAUUGUAUACACCUGUGUCCAUGGAGGGGAUUGGAACACCUGAAUCACAUGAUUUGGAGGGGAUUGGAACACUUGAAUCACAUGAUUUGGAGGGGGCUUGAUUGUAUACACCUGUGUCCAUGGAGGGGAUUGGAGCAUCUGAAUCACAUGAUUUGGAGGGGAUUGGAACACCUGAAUCACAUGAUUUGGAGGGGGCUUGAUUGUAUACACCUGUGUCCAUGGAGGGGAUUGGACACCUGAAUCACAUGAUAUGGAGGGGAUUGGAACACCUGAAUCACAUGAUUGGGAGGGGAUUGGAACACCUGAAUCACAUGAUUUGGAGUG